CUAUCUCUGUUCCUCCAGAGGAUUAUGUUUCUUAUGGAAACUUCUGUGUGUAUCUUCCUUUUCACCUGUGUCCUCCAACUCAGCCACACCUGGUCAGUGAACAAUUUCCUGAUGACUGGUCCAAAGGCUUACCUGAUCUACUCCAGCAGUGUGGCAGCUGGGGCCCAGAGUGGUAUUGAAGAAUGCAAAUACCAGUUUGCCUGGGACCGCUGGAACUGCCCCGAGAGAGCCCUGCAGCUGUCCAGCCAUGGCGGACUUCGUAGUGCUAAUCGGGAGACAGCGUUUGUACAUGCCAUCAGUUCUGCUGGGGUCAUGUACACCCUGACUAGAAACUGCAGCCUUGGGGAUUUUGACAACUGCGGCUGUGAUGACUCCCGCAAUGGGCAACUGGGGGGGCAAGGCUGGCUGUGGGGAGGCUGCAGUGACAACGUGGGCUUCGGAGAGGCAAUUUCCAAGCAAUUCGUCGAUGCUCUGGAGACAGGACAGGAUGCCCGGGCAGCCAUGAACCUGCACAACAACGAGGCCGGCCGCAAGGCGGUGAAGGGCACCAUGAAACGCACGUGCAAAUGCCACGGGGUGUCUGGCAGCUGCACCACACAGACCUGCUGGCUGCAGCUGCCUGAGUUCCGCGAGGUGGGCGCGCACCUGAAGGAGAAGUACCAUGCAGCACUCAAGGUGGACCUGCUGCAGGGGACCGGCAACAGCGCGGCGGGCCGCGGCGCCAUCGCCGACACCUUCCGUUCCAUCUCCACUCGGGAGCUGGUGCACCUGGAGGAUUCCCCGGACUACUGCCUGGAGAACAAAACGCUAGGGCUGCUGGGCACAGAAGGCCGAGAGUGCCUGCGGCGCGGGCGGGCCCUGGGCCGCUGGGAGCGCCGCAGCUGCCGCCGGCUCUGCGGGGACUGCGGGCUGGCGGUGGAGGAGCGCCGCGCGGAGACCGUGUCCAGCUGCAACUGCAAGUUCCACUGGUGCUGCGCUGUUCGCUGCGAGCAGUGCCGCCGGCGGGUCACCAAGUAUUUCUGUAGCCGCGCGGAGCGGCCGCGGGCAGGCGCUACGCACAAACCCGGGAGAAAACCCUGAGUUUCCUCUCCUCCCUCCUUACCCCAUUCUCCUUGGCUUCUUUUAGAACCCCAGUAACAGAGGAAACUAGGAAAUGGGGACCCCGCGCUCUCAAGCCCAUGGAUCCUAAGAGAGAGAGACUUUGCUUUGCCAUUUCUGGGAGCUUGCCGCUUUCCAGCCUGUUCCUCCAUUUUCUCCACGCUCUCCAGGAACUCUGAAUAGUCUUCAGACUGGCCACUUAGGUCCUUAGAGCUACUGACCCUUGGACUAGGAUGAGAAUAGCGUUUCUCUUCCUCGUUCCUAGCUGCCCUAACACCUGACUUGGCCUGUCAAGCCUUAGGAGCUGCAAGAACCCUUCUUAGAUAUGUAAGGCCCAAGUAAAGCCAUGGCUUUUCUCUUUCACCCAUUUUCUCACCCCCAUUUUCUGCUGCUGAGUCUCUUCAUUUUCUUCCUGCUGGGCUUUCAAUUCCCUGCUGUCAGCACAGACUACUGAGGAAUCUCUAGUGCUCUCUCCUCUUUUCCUUUUCUCUUCUUUUCCUGAAGAGCCUAUCAAGAAACUGAGAAAAUUGCCCUGGGAAGUCUCUGGUUUGGAUCCUAGAGGCAGGGGCUGAAGAUGAAAGAAGUGGGAACCCUACAGUGCUGACUUGCUAAAAACGAAGAGGGCUGACUCAUCCUUUUGACAUCCUCUUUGAUUAUAUUGUCAAUGGACGUUAUGAGUGGAGCAAUGGCCUUCCUAGACAAUCCAAGGUACCCCAGAUAUGUACCCCAAAAUAUCUAGGAACUAUAAGUCAUUUUCUAUCCUCUUCUACCCUUUAAAGUUACUUUCUCCCUGCUCCUAACCUACUUCCUCCUAGCAACCAACGUUACCUCUUCUCUUUCCCCAAAGGAACCUUGUUCCUUUGAGCCAAGACUGAGCUAAAUAAAGCCAAUUUCCCAUUCAGGCCCUGGACUGUACCUCGAAAGGAGGGACAAAAGGAAGGAAAAGCUGGGACUUUUCCUUUUCAAUAACUUGGUUUUAAAACAGGCAGGAUUCAGGCAUUGGAUACCUUCCUUCAAUAUAUAAGCUUCCUGCAAUGAAACUUGCUAGUAAGAUGUUCAGCACCUUGAACUUUAAUUUAUUGUAGUCACUGUGAUGUGUGCCUGUUUCCCCAGGUAAUGAACUUAUUUGGGGGGGAUACUGUGUGUAUAUGUGUGUGUGUAGGAUAUGGCCUCUAAGCCCUCUCCUUCCUCUCACCUUGCCAGGAUCCCAUACUCCCUAGAGUUUCACUUCCCUGAUGGCUUAAGUAGUUAUCCUGACUUGACUGAGGCUGACUCUGACAAGGACUAGUAAAUCAUCCACUAAUAUAUUACUCAGUAGCUUGUAGUGGUUGAGUCUUCUAGUUCAAUUCUCAGACACAAGCAGUACAGCUGCAACUUGGUUAUGAAAUAGGGCUCUGGGGAAGGAAGAGCCAAUCCCUAACGGAUCUUCACAGCCUAAGGAGCUUCCCAGCUUUCCCCUAGGCCAGUCCUGGGUCUGGGCAUUAGGUAGCUCUUCUGGAGUAGAACUGCUUAGAUGCUAGACACUCUAACCCCGCUGUUCCCAGAAUAAGGAGGGGAUGGCGCAAAGGAGGUAUGGCUCCAAGUUGGUAAGAAGAGCCAAGGCUCUAAUGACCAACCUGUAACAAUAGAAGGGCUUCAAAUCAAGACAAUAGCUGGGCCAGAGCCCAAACUCCCAGCCUCAUCCCUACACAUCUUCUGGUCGUACUAACACUGACUGAGGUGAGAGGUCCCUUCUUUCCUUACAAGAUACACCUCCCUUCCAGGUACUUCAUUUCCACUUCCAUCAGCAAAAGACUCUCUGUGCUUCUCUCAGCUGUUAUCUGGGCCUCUUGAAUCUCCCAACUUGCUCUUCUCCCCUAAUCAAGCAGCAGCAUAUCCUAACUCAGCUGUUCCACUUCGCAGAAUAAUUUGAUAGUGUACAGGAACAAAGUCUCCUUGACCCUUGAGGAGCAGAAUAUACAAAAGUAAAACAUUGUAAAGUAAAACUACAUUCUCCAGGACUCUUGGCAUAAAGGUAGGGAACUAUUGUAUUUCACAGUUGGUAACUCCAGGUCAGUACUCUAACCAUGCCACACUGCCAGAAAGUUCUUUCAUUGGUUAUUGUUUUGCAUCCCUAAACAGGUAUGAUUGAUACCAGAUUCAUUCAAGGUCUAUAAAGAAAAUACUACUGAGUUAUCAUAGAUCUCUAUUGCUCCCUCCAUCCCCCGCUUUGGAUUAUCCAUUCAUUCAUUUGUUCAUUCAACAAACACUAUAGUGGAAAGAGAAUAGUGACUGACACACCAAUACCAUCCCUUUAUUUAUGGAGUUUAGACUCUCACCUUAUAUUCAUUCACCAGGGUUCAGAGUUCCCCUUUAAAAAUAUGGAUAACUCCAGAACUGUUGCUUGGGAAGACACUUUGGAGGUCAGCUAGUCAAACCUUGUUUCUUACAGAUUAAACUGAUGCCAAGAAAGGUGACUGACUUGUUCUGUCAACUAGUAAGUUACUGUGAGGGGAGCACUAGAGUCCAGGACCCUUCCUUCUUCUCAUGUAUUCUUUAGGACCCCACCUGUCUCAACUAAAGGCAAAAGGAGGUCCUGAGAAGUGACAAGGACACUGGUUGGGAUGGGCAAAACACUGUCUCCUCCUCUCCCUGGCCUGUGAGCCUACACACAGACAGGGCUUUCUUUUCUUGAAAAGAAUCCCAGCCUCGAUUGGCCUUAGCAGCAGGUGAGGGUGAAGACAGAGACAGGGUCGUCCUCUGCGCUGGUGGUGCUGGUGCUGGCGGGUGGAGAGGGCAGGCCAGGGCACUCGCCUAUUGUGGGCCUGGAUUGGAUGCUUCCACUCAUUCAUUUCCUUUUAAUUAACCUGCAUUCCUGGAGGAGAAAUAUUUAUGUUGGCUCCCAUAGAGGCAAUCCUCAGACUGGAAAGAACGGGGAAGAAAGCCUGUCUUAGCAAAACAAUAUCUCUAAAGAGCUCAAGAAGAGAA